AAAUCAAGUGUUGGUAACAUUGUUUUGAGCUACAUUCACUUGCGUGUGACAGCUGUCAAAUAUAAAAAAAUAUACACACAUUUUUUCUUAUUAUAUACCUCAAAAAGUAUAUCAACAACGAUACACAUAAAAUAUUACUACAGCAACAAGUGUAUAUUAUUAAAAUAUUAAAUAAUAAAAAAACAAAAUGUUUAAACAAACCUAAAAAUGUUAUAAUUCAUCAGUGAAAAAAAAAAAAAUAAUAAAUGCUCAAUAAAUAAAAAACAAAGCCAAUUCAAAAUGUCAAAAUUAAAAACAACAACAACAACAAUAAUAUAGUUAAAUGCGUUUAUCAAAAAGUUAUAUAAUUAAAUUAAUAAUAUUAACAUUAUUAUUAAUUAUUAUUUAUUGUUUACAAACAUCACAAUAUUGGAAUAAAAAUAAUAUAUUAAAUAAAAAUGAUAAUAUUAUGGAAAAUCAUUCAGCCUCCUUAAUAAGGAAUAGCUUGAUGAACAAUAACAAUAACAAUAAUAUUAAUAACAAAACAACAAUAAUAAAUAAUGAAAAUAAAAAUAUAAAUAAAAAUAAUAUUUAUAAUGUUUGGUGUAUAUUUACAAAAUUAACAUCAACAUCACCAAUGAGAAGAAAAUUUAGAAUAUUUACAGAAUCAUUAUUAAAAUAUUCAUCAGUUAAUUUAACAUUUAAUGUUAUUAUUGAUAAUUCAAGUCGUAAAAUUGCUGAGACAAUUAUAAAUACACACAUAAUAGUAUUUAAAAAAUUUGUCAAAAUAAAUUAUUAUGAUGUACAUAAAUUAUCAAAUAAAAUACAAGACAUUGUUGAAGUUAUGUCACCAAAAUUUAGUAGUAAUCCAGGCACAUAUUAUUCAGAUGCAUUAUUUUUUUUGAGUCUUGGUUUACAUAGAAUAGCAUCAGUUAAUGAUAAAUAUGGAAUAAUGCUUGAUGUUGAUACAAAAUUAUCAACAGAUAUUAAAUUAUUAUUUGAUGAAUUUAAUAAUUUUGGUGAUGAUUCGUUGUUUGGUUUAGCACCAGAGCUAACACCAGUCUAUCGUCAUAUAUUAUAUUUAUAUAGAAGUAAAAAUUCAGCAACAUUAUUUGGUGAGCCAUAUUCAUCUGGUGGAUAUCCUGGUUAUAACAGUGGUGUUGUAUUAUUUCACCUUGAAAGGCUGAGAAAUUCAUUGGAGUAUGAUCAAAUUGUUAGUGAAGACAUGGUUCAUCAUAUGACUGAAAAGUAUAGCUUCAGGGGACAUCUUGGUGAUCAAGAUUUUUAUACACUUCUUGGAAUGGAAAGACCAGAAUUAAUACACAAUAUUGAUUGUACAUGGAACAGACAGCUGUGUACCUGGUGGAGAGACCGUGGCUACUCUGAUGUCUUCGGUAAUUAUUCAAGUUGUAAUGGUAAAAUUAAAAUUUGGCAUGGUAAUUGUAAUACUCCAAUUCCUGAUGAUUAAUUUUACAUAUCAAAAUAAUUUAAUGGUGCUUGUUAUAUAACUUAAAAUAGCUACGUUGAUUAGCUAACUUAAAAAUUGUAUUAAAAAAAAAUCAAAAUAUUUAUAUAAAAAUAUUAAUUGCAAUAAAUUAUAUUCAGUAUUUUCCCGGGAAAAAAUUUUCGGGGAAAGACAAUAAUUUACAUGUGAUAUUUUUAUUUUAUUAAACAAUAUGGUCAUAUACAGUAAGUAUUAUGCAUAAUAAUUAUUAAUCAAAAUAAGUAUGAAUAUUAAUUAUUAAAAGCUCACAAUAAAUAUUGUUUGCUACAUAAAAUCGUAUUUGUUGAAAUUGGUCAACUAACGUGAUAUACUAUUUAAAUAUAUAUUUUUUUUUUGUUAAUUUUCUUUCUAUUUAGAUAUAUAUAUAAGACUUGUUUUGAAACAAAAAAAAAA